GCUCAAGAUACCCUGAUCAAUGAGCUGACGACACAGCUGACAAGAGUUAAGGCCCUAGGGGGCUCGGAGAAGUCGUACAUGUUGCACUUCCUGACGCGUGAGGCAGCAGACGAAGAAAAGGAGGCAGUCGAGAAAGAAGUCUCAAGGUGGAAAGACAUCGUCAAGCAGAAGGAUGCUCAGCUGGCGGAGAAGGACAAGCGAAUAGUGGGACUAGAGGAGCAAGCAAAAUUACUACGAUCCGACCUCGCAGCUGAGAUUGAGAGAGGGCGUACAUUAGCGUCACGACCUCCGCCUCCACAGGUCUCUCGUAUUCACACGAAGACCGUAGAGGAUCCAAAGAAUGGGCUGGUGAUACGGCUGUACGAAGACAUGACCAACAUGCUCGUCGUUUCCGCGCGUAUCGAGAAGAACUCCCACUUUGACCUCGACGAGCCCACUUUUACGUGUGUUUACACGUAUCGAGAGGAUACAUCAGACGUCGGGGGCAUCAGUACGCGUCUGAAUUUCAGCUUGCACGAACACUGGGACCUGCCAGAUGGUUGGGAGUCAGACAGACCAAUGGCCAAGGACGACCUGCUGCACAAGGUCACAUUUGAACCACGAGAUCUGCAGAACGAGCGGCCAGAAUUCGUCGAAGGACUCGGCUUCUUCAAGGAACCCUUCAAUUUCUCGCACGAUCAGAUGUGCACAUUUUUGAGGACAUUAGCAGAGCGCAUGUCUGACCUCGCAUCAAACGAGGAGGAGGAAGAGGAGAAAGACCAGCUAGAAGACGACGAUGUUCUGGUUGUAAGCUGA